UUGCCAGUGAGGCGGCGGGGGCCAGGAAGCGAGGUGUUCAAGGGCUGGAGUGUGAGGCAGGUCCAGGGCAUUGUCCUGAAAGCCUGUGAUUUGCCCUCAUUUUUAACCUUCGCCUUUUGAACAGGUUCACUCGGCAGUGUAUGUGGCCUUAGGGCUGCUGGAGCCUUCCCCCAAACUAGGGGGUGUAGAAAAAAAAGACUGAGAGAGGGGAGUGAUGGGGACAGGAAAACCCAAGUGAAGGAGAGGAGCAGCACCAGUGAGCACAGUGGGGACUCAACAUGCAGGCGGGGGCGAGUGUGUCCCCAGAGUGGUCCCUGUUUCCUGAAGAGGGUGAAAAGCACUUGCUGACCCUACAGACAGUGUGUCCAAGCACAGAGGAGGAGGACUUGGAGGGCAUCUGCCCGAUAAGUGCCCACCCGCAGAAUGGCAUGGCCGUGGCAGCGCUGGCUGGGGCGGUUGUGCUACAGCCCGUGCUGUGCGACGUGCCGGCAGGCAUGGCCAUAAGCGUGUGGGAAGGGGUCUGUGUGUUUUGUGACUUAGGGCUGGCGCAGAGUAAUGUUUUACAAGAAGAAGGACAAGCAAUUAGUUCAGAAAGCAAGCCAACAGGGAAACCACCAGACAUGCUACUGAUUGAGGUCCAGCAGCUGACACCAUCUGAAGUGGGGGGAGUAGAGGAACUUCUUUUCACUCUUGGGGAAACAAAGAGCUGGAGCUACAAAGCCAGUGAUGAUUUAUCAGACCCAAGUGAUGAAGGUAAAGAGCAGAAACAUGCAACUCCAUCAGAACAAGCAGCUGUGAGAAAUCCUGAGAAUCCAGAAUUUCAGAUUUGUGCUCCACAUCAGAAAAAAGAAAGAGAAGUUUUCCGCUGUGAUUUGUGCACAUUCACCUCACUCAGAAUAUCAAGUCUUAAUCAUCAUGUGAAAACCCAUUCUGAUGAGAAAUCUCAUGUGUGUCACCUCUGCCUUAAGGCUUUUCGUACAGCUACUCUCCUGCAUAACCAUCUGAAUGUACAUACAGGGACCAGGCCCUAUAACUGCAGUGACUGUGAUAUGGCAUUUGUGACCAGGAGUGAGCUUUCACGACACAGGCGUUACAAGCAUACCUUAGAAAAACCUUUCAAGUGUUCAUUGUGUAAAUAUUCUAGUGUAGAAGCAAGCAAAAUGAAACGACAUGUUCGCACACAUACAGGAGAACGUCCUUAUGCCUGUGAACUUUGCAGUUAUGCUAGCAAAGAUGCAUAUAAACUGAAAAGGCACAUGAUAACUCAUUCAGGUGAAAAACCCUAUGAAUGUUAUGUUUGCCAGUCCACAUUCACUCAAAGUGGUACCAUGAAAAUCCAUAUGUUACAGAAGCAUGGACAAAAUGUGCCAAAAUACAAGUGUCCACAUUGUAGUGCCUUUAUUGCGCGAAAAAGUGACCUGGGUGUCCACUUACGAAAUCUGCAUUCCUACAUGGCAGUGGCAGUUAAAUGCAGUGACUGUGAAGCUGUAUUUCAUGAGCGCUAUGCUCUUGUUCAGCACAGGAAGACUCAUAGAAAUGAAAGAAGAUUCAAAUGUGAUCAGUGCAGCUAUGCAUGUAAACAGGAACAACACUUAAUUGUACAUAAAGGAACCCAUACUAGGAAGAAGCCCUUUGCUUGCUUGUGCUGCAGCAAAACCUUUCAACAAAAGGAGCUUCUUACUCUUCACUCUAGGAAGCACCAUGAUUCUCAUAUUAAGCCUAUAGUUUAUGAAUGCCCUAAAUGUGGUAAGGGCUAUUCACUCUGAGAUAACAUGCAUAAGCAUGCUGAAACUUGUGGCUUAGUGAGGGCAAAAACUGCUACACCCAGAAAAAGAAGCAAGGACAAAAAUAAACCCCAUGAGAACCAAAAGCAUGUUAAGCAACAAGAUUUGCUCACAGAAUUGCCUACAGAUCUGAAGCAAGUUUAUUCCUCAGUAGCUGUAUAGAAUUGAGAGUUGCGUGAACUUCAGUACUUUCCUGAGCUUUAGCAACCAUACAGCUGUGGGGUGCAUUGGAUUAGCAUGCAGAUCUAAUUGGAAACUAAGAGCAGUUAGCUGGACAGAUGUAGAGCUGCCUGACAAAAAUGAAGCAGCAGCAGUGUGUGCUGGUGUCAGAAACCACCCUUUCUGGGCACACAAAGCUUUCUGUCACCUUAACCUGACUGGCUUUCAAGUGCAGAUGCGAGCAUCUUUUUUCACCAUUCUUUCCCCUUUAAAUAGCCUCUUGCAAGUGCUGCCAUGUAAGAUUGUGAUCAUACGUUUAGUACUAGAUCCAAAACACACCCAUGACUUUGAUUUUAAUUAGGUCUUCAAUAAAGCAUACUUGUAUUGUAUAGGAAAGCUCAUGUUUACAAUACGUUUAAAAGUCAGGGAAGUUUUAAUUGUCACAUACAAUUCUCAACUGGCUUUUGAACUACUGGUUUUACUGCUUAAUUAAUUACUAUAGUUAGAGUAAUUAGAGUAAGUACUAUUGAUUUUUAUAAUUAGUUACAAUUAUCACGGUUGCCAUUUAUGCACUGUUCCCUCAUUUUUUGUCAUCUAUAAUUAAUACUUGGAAGCCUAUUCAUAAAAUCUUAACUACUGUUAAAGUAUUCAUCUCUAAUGCUGCUAUUCUUAUGUUUCAUUAUAAGUAAGCAUUAACAUUACUACCAGUUUUAAUAAUAUUUCAGCAUAUAACAAUAAAUAAGUAAAAUACUAAUUUCAAGGUUAACAUCUGUGUUUAACUUCAUUAUAAAUAUGUUACUGCAUUUGACCAAUAUGAAAUGGUUUGGGGUUGCGUGUAGAGCAAGCCAUGU